AUGCCUCCAAUUCCACAAGGUCCUAUCAAGCUCGCUGUCCUCGACGACUAUCAAGGCAUAGCGGCGCCGCACUUUGAAUGCCUCAAGCCUGCUUUCGAUAUAACAAUCUUUCGUGAUACUCUACUCCCAUACAACCACCCCGACACCCCUGAUCAUGCUAAGCAAGAACUUGUUGCUAGGCUUAAGCCAUUCACUGUCAUCUGUUCGAUGAGGGAGCGCACACUAUUCUCAAAAGAGUUGUUGCAACAGCUUCCAAACUUGAAGUUCUUGCCGACGACUGGACUUCGGAAUAGAGGCAUUGACAUGGAAGCAUGCAAAGAGCUAGGAAUCCACGUGACAGGAGCAAAAGGGACUGGAAGGAGUGAUAGUACCAAAGUAGCUGGGAAGAAGAGAAAAGGGCCAGAUUCUACCACCCAACACUGCAUUGCCCUGAUCCUCGGCCUAGCUCGAGGUCUCGCAUGGGAUGAUAAGGUGGUAAAAGAAGAAGGAUGGGAAACUAGUCUCGCCACAGGGCUUUCUGGGAAGACAUUCAGCUCACUGGGCCUUGGGAGACUUGGGGGUACUUGUGCAAAGAUUAUGUAUCAGAGCUUUGGGAUGAGGAUCCUUUGCUGGAGCUCGAGUCUUACGCAAGAGAAAGCUGAUGAGAGGGCGAAAGAGUUGGGUUUGGACGUGGAAGAUGAGGAUGGAGAGAAAACUUUUAAAGUUGUUUCCAAAGAGGAAUUGUUCAAGGAGGCGGAUGUGUUGUCUGUUCAUUAUGUGCUCUCUGAGCGUAGUAGAGGCAUUGUGGGAAAAGAGGAGCUGGGCUGGUUGAAGAAGAGUGCGCUUUUGGUCAACACCAGCAGAGGUCCAGUGGUCGAUGAAGAUGCGCUGAUGGCGGUUCUUGAGAAGGGAGAUAUUCGGGGUGCGGCGUUGGAUGUUUUUGAUAUUGAGCCGCUGCCGUUGGAUAGUAAGUGGAGGACGGUAAAGUGGGGUGAGGAGGGAAGAGGCAAGGUGUUGUUGAGUCCGCAUAUGGGCUACGUCGAGGAGGAGACUAUGCAAAUUUGGCACGAGGAACAAGCUGAGAAUGUUGAAAGAUGGCACAAGGGAGAACAGUUGCUGAAUGUUCUGGUAUAG